AUGGCCCAGCUGCAGGUCAAGACCAAGGCGCGGGUGAGCGCCAGCGUGUUUGAUUUUGAUCCAGCCCACGAACAUGAGGCGCUACCCUCCAACGCAGAGGGCCAAUCCGUUUCCCACGGCAUGGUGGACUCGGCGACCAACCGUCGUCGCAGCCAUCCGCUGCAUGGCGACUCAGCUGGUCCUCAAGCAGCAAACUCGCAGCACGGGUCCGAGCCGGAGGAUGACGACGACAACGUUGAUCCCAUGCGCCAACAGCUAUGGCUACCACAUCCGGUACCACGGAGCGACGGAGAGGACGCAGCCGACGAGGAAGUGCAACCCACCAAGACCACCCACGCUGGCCGCACCAAUCCCGACCGCGUUCACCGCUUGCUUGCCAACGGUAAACACGGCCUUGACACCCAUCCUGGGUGGUCUGCCGCCCCACCAUCGCGCCGUGUACCCCGUACCACGCCCGACGCACCGACCACUGCUGCCCGCCAAGCCCUCCGAGCCCGCGCUGCUCAACGCUCUGUUACGCGCAGCAGCAGAGCGGCAUCCGAAUGGGUCACCCCGCCUUCAGCCAAACGGCCUGCGCAGCGUCCCUGGCUGGAUGACGGUGGUCGUGCUGAACGCCCUGAACGCCGUCGAAAGGGCGGUGCUUCCACCACAAGCCCUCGAGCCAAUGCCGCUGCCAUCGCCGAUACAUCUACGGAAACCCCGGCAUCACCAGACCUCGUACCCGACGACCCAUCACCCCCAGGCUCUCGGCGAGCCGCUCCCGUUCCCGCCCAACCUUGCUUCCUUCGCGCCCGCCAUGAUCAGCGUUGGGUGUACCUAUUCACUAGCGCCACCGCACCUCUAUGUGCCUUUCGCCGCGUCGGCGCUGGCCGAUACUUGGCCGAUCCAUCGGGGAACCUUGCGGCGCUACCAUCCAACGCCGUUGCCGUGACGGCAUCGCUGGCCCCUGACGGCCAUGUUGUGGUGCCGGCCAACCAACCGAGCCUGAACCUGUCUCCCACCUUCACACCCGUGUCCGAGUGCAUGACAAUUGAGGAGGACGAUGUCGACGAUGAAGACGAGGCCAAGGCUGAGGCCGCCCUUGAUGACGUGGUCAAUCCCUGCCUCGCCUCAUCACAUGAGCCCGAUCUGGUCAUGCUCGAGGAUGGGCAGGGCAAGAGCUCAACACUGCCCCUCCCCACAAAAGGGCAUGGUGGCACCCGCAGCGCCGUUCGUUCCACUUUAGUUUAUGCCGCUUCGUUUGUGUACAAUCCCAAACACGUCACGGACAUUCCGGGAGGACGAACACACUGUGAAAUGUGCGGGCGUUCAUGCGGUGGCGCGCAAUCCAUCCGACUCUACGGCGCUCCUUACAACCGCCGCACGCUUCAGUCUCGACCCGAGAUGGCCGUGGAGCGUGACGCUGGUCUCUGCUUUGAUCUCGGCUCCUCCUGCUAUGAACGCGUCAAGCUGCUACACCGCCUCUUACAUUACGAGCACCGUUGCUACAAGACUGCUUUGCGCAAGAAACGCGAGCUGGAGGAGACACUGCCAGAAGAGGAGCCGGACGACCCCGUGGCCUUGGUGCUGCACGCACUCAAUGACGAUGACUGGAUGGGCGAUGCUUGGCUUAAAUUCCAGAGCCUGCUGAGUCAGGCGCGCGAACGCUCGCUGCGUCGCUAG